AUGGAGAAUCUACCUCCCGGUUACCGUCCCAAUGUUGGUGUUUGUCUAAUCAACUCGGAUAAUCUGGUAUUUGUAGCUUCUAGAUUGAAUGUUCCUGGAGCAUGGCAGAUGCCACAGGGAGGCAUUGAAGAUAGGGAGGAUCCAAAGUCAGCAGCCAUGAGAGAGUUACAAGAAGAAACUGGGGUCGUUUCAGCUGAAAUCAUCGCUGAGGUUCCAAACUGGUUGACAUAUGAUUUCCCACCUGCAGUAAAAGCAAAAGUUAACCGUCUCUGGGGAGGUGAAUGGCAUGGUCAAGCUCAGAAAUGGUUUCUAGUGAGACUGAGACACGAUGAGGACGAAAGAGAGAUCAAUCUAGCGAACAACGAAGCGGAUUCAGAGUUUGCGGAGUGGAAAUGGGCGAAACCGGAAGAAGUGGUAGAGCAAGCAGUUGAUUACAAAAGGCCAACUUACGAACAAGUCAUCAAGACAUUUGGUUCUUACUUGAACGAUACAGGAAGAGCUGCUAAAUGUAAAUCAGCCAAGUGGUAA